AUGUCCGCUGUUCUCAGUUGUGGCAUUCCCUGGAGUGUUUCUAGCUGGCUUGAUGGCAUUGGCUUGCUCUUACAUUGCACCAUAAAGCUCCUGGGAACUAAGUUGUACAAUUCUAUCAUCAUUACUAAGGGAGGAGUUGUGGUAAUUACUCAUGGUGGAGUCUUAAGAGCAUUUCACAAGUGUGCUGCUGCUACAGUGGAAUUGCUGGAACAAUACAGAAUCCAUCUAUCAAGCAUAAUUUCACUUGGAUGGCAGAAUGGAAAAUCAUUUCUUGAUAUUCUGGAUGAUGUUAAAAGCUCAUUAUCCCCUCUUGAUAUUCCUUUCACGGUCAUGGAUAAUAUUGCACUUCCUAAAACCUUAUUCCCUCCAAUCUGCUACUUUAAGGAACCAUUCCACAUCGAGGGAGUGUCUGCCGUUGAUCCAUCAUCAGCGGCUAAGUCCCUGAAGCCUAUAUCACAGAUUGUAAAAGGGGAGAACAAGAAAUAG